AUGGAAGAGCCAGAAGAUGUCACGGCACCACCAAUCGACACCGAGGAGGAUGAAACCGAUGAGCCGGAUUUUGGUGAUCCUCACUACGACACGUCAGACGACGAGCCACCGAGAGGCGAUGGGUUCCUUGUGGACAGGAAGGUCAAGCCACCAAAGGCAGGAUAUGGGAAGAAAGCGGGCAGGACAGCAGAUGCCCUCAACGGUCCCGGUGAAACAACGCCCCGCCGGAAAUUCGAACGCGUAAAGAGUAUGACGGAAUCAGCGAGCCCUCGGCAGACAAAAAGGUUCAACGUUCCUAUCUCAGGAUCUGAAGCAUCGUCUCCAGCCAAAAGUCCGAGCGCCCGAAGAGGGUUGAAAGCUACGGGCAAGGAAGAGGAGUCCUCGAGCCUUUCAGACAUUGACUCUGAGGAGGCGCUGUCAGACCCGCCCCGACCAAGCAAAAGCAGAGGGCAAGGCCAAAAGCAGAAGAAGAAGGAGACCAAGCGCCAACCAGAGAAGUCUACCAAGAACAGGUCACGGGAGCUCUCUGCUGAUGAGGACAUAUCACAGAGGCCGGAAUUCAGGAUGCCGGAUGGCUACGAUGAUUUUGCCUCCACUACCGAGUUGGCAGGCAUUGAUAUGCCACUGUACACGGACGCCACAACGGACAAAAAGGCACAUCUGGGUGCAGACGAGGCCGCGUGCCCCAUGUGCGACGAGCCGGUGGACAAACAAUGGCUCAGCGAGUACUCCAAGGGCCAGCGCAUGAGCAUCUCGCGGCAGGCAAAGUUCUGCCACCUGCACAAGAAGCGGUCCGCAAAGAAGCUGUGGGAGGCCAAGGGAUACCCGGAGGUGGACUGGGGCCAGCUAGAAGCGCGCAUCAGGUCGCACCGGGACUACCUCGAGUCCCUUAUUAAUGGCGCCCCCUCGCACUUUGGCGAGCAGCUGCGGGAGAAGAUCCGGACGGGCAGGAACCGUACGCUCUUCAAGACGGACGACUAUCCCAUCCCGGGAUACUACGGCCUGCGGGGCAUGAGCGCCAUGACGGAGAGCAUCGUCGACACGUUCUCGUCGCUGCUGCGCGAGAGGGCGCCGCGGGACAGGCUCAUCUCGGCGCGCGGUCACACGGGCUACGUGCAGGCCGUACUGGUGCCGGAGCUCGGCGUGCGGCUGAUCAAGGAGGACAUGGGGAUUGGCGACGACGGCGAGGCGCGCGCCGUGAUGCGCGAGAGCCAAGCCGUCGGGGUGAUCCUCAACGACGAGAAGGGCGAGGCACGGGGGGCGCCCCAGGCUGUGGCUCGGGCUGCUUCUGGCGGGGAUGGCCAGGUGGAUGGCGCCGCCUCUGGGGCCAACAGUCAUAACACGAGUGGCACGGACGGCGAGAGCGAGCAUGGUGGCAAGGUGGAUCUUAGGAUUCAGCGCGUUGACGAUAGUGACUCCGAUCUAUCUAGUCUCGCGUCGCUGGGUGACCACAGGACCAAGGCCCCGGGGAAGGGACCGGCCGACAACAGCGACUCAAAGCUGGCCAGCCUGGUCUCGUUGGGCAAGACGAGUAAGCCCUUAGCGUUGGGAAGGGAUGAUGUCGAGGACAGCGACUCUGACCUGUCGAGUCUCGCCUCGUUGGACAAACUCUGA